AUGGAAGAUGGUCCAACCUUAGUUUCAGGCUGGGCAUGGCUUCCAAGCAACAUUCUGGAUUUGAUUCUAGAAAAGUUGAUCCCAAUUUCUGACUAUAUCCGAUUUAGUGCAGUUUGCAAGCAUUGGCAAUCAGUCGCUUUACAUCGCAAGAAGCAGCCCAUCAAAUCAUGUCACAAGCAGAUUCCUAUGCUCAUAAUUCCCACCAUAGACAGUAGCAGCGAAAGGCGUGGCUUGUAUAGUGUGACACAAGGUAAGACUUGUAGCUUUGAGUUGAAUGUGUAUUACAGUAAGAGGUUCUGUGGUUCUUCCCAUGGUUGGUUGGCUUGUGUGGAUGAGAAUCUGGUAGUAACCCUCUUAAACCCUUUUACCGGGUGUACCAUUAGCCUUCCACCAGUCCCCAAAUCCACUUGGAGAUCGACGGUAGCUUAUAGAUGUGAUUACUACAUUAAUAAAGUUGUAUUGUCUGCAGACCCUUCUUUUCUUCCUAAUGACUAUGAAGUAUUGGUCAUCUAUGAUGGCUAUGGGAAACAUAUAGCCCAUUUUAAAUCAGGGGAUGAUGCUUGGACUAGCAUAGAUCAAAUGAUCGGAUUCGAUGAUGUAAUUUAUUAUAAAGGCCAGUUUCUAGGCACAGACAAUAAAACAUACCUUGUGCAAUCAUCCAAGGGAGAUCUUUUGCUGGUUGUCAGCCAAAUUCCAUACUUCACUGAUGAUUGUGUGGAUGUAGAAUGCCAUAAACCUAAAGGGCCUCAUGACAUGGGUAUCUUCAACUUGGGAAAACAAAAGCAUGGGAACACAUUACUGCUUGGAUCGUUCGCAGAAGCACAUGCCACCAGCAAUUUGGAUCUUGCCCUCUAUGGUGUGAAAAGAUGGUUCCAGUUUUGUUCUUUCAAGCUCUAUUUUCAUUUGUUUGUCAUUCUAAAUACCAUCUCCACAGAAAUUCCGAAUGGCAAUGUUAAGAAGAAAUCUGAUGCCCAUAGUCUGUUCAAGGUUGAACCAUGCAAAGUUGAUAGGGUUUACGACAUGCUUGUGAAAAAGGGAAUGGCUCAAGCAUAA